AAAGGGAAAUUGGUAGAAAGGUGGAAAAAUGUGUCUCGUAGAUUACGUAGCAUAGGUGCAAUUGAAUCCGAUAAGAUAAAGUCAAGCUCUACUAUAGUCGAUUUUACAUCUCAAAUAUUUUCUGAAAAUGUUGAAACAGCUAAAAUCUGGCUAAGUCAAAAUGGUUUGUCAGCUAAUUUUGAAGACAUUAAAAGUAAUUGGAUAAUUCCUUAUCAAAUUAGAAAAUCAGAAAUACAAGGUAUAGAUAAUAAAUCUAUAACUGAUCGUCAUCUCUCAGAUAUUUUUAAAUCAUGGCCAAUUUUGUGUAGUUCAAGAGGACAUGAAUUAAUUUCUGAAGAUUUUAAACUUGAAUACCCACAAAUACAUGAAACUCUUAAUGAUUGGUCUGCAGUGUUUAUUAAAAAGUGGAUAUUAUUUUCUGACACAAUAGUUAGUUUACGGCGGAGUUCAGUUAAAGAUAGUCAUGCUAGAGAACUUUUAAAACACCUUGAUGCUGCACAACUAAGAGGAAGUAUUAAAACAGUUAAUGUAUUGAAACUUUUACUUAUUCCAUACUUGGUCCCUACAAAAACUCAAAUUAAAAAGACACAAAAAAAGUCUUGGAAGCCGUCAUUAUCAGAAUCUGCAGCAGCUUUUGCAGUUCACGUAACUAACCUUACAGAGCUUGAAGCUGAACUUGGCAGAAGAAGGCUAAAAUACAUACAGUGUGGAACAACAAUACAACCCUUCAUAGUUUUAGUUGGCCAAGACAUAUUUUCUGUUGAGUCAACUUAUGUCAGAGUUGAUGACAACUGUUGGAAUUUUGAUUGUUCACUAAAAGCACUAAACGCUUGUUUUAGAACUUAUAACGCCUUACAUUGCACCUAUCCACGUGAGUGUUAUGAAUCUUGGCUGAUUUUACAACUUCAGCUUUAUAGUUUUACUACCAUUUAUGAUCAUAAAUCAUCAAUAAUUACUUCAUUAUCAAGUAAAAUGAAUGCUUUAAAAAAUACUCAUUUUUAAAUUUUUAUUUUUAAUUUUUCACAUUAUUUAGUAUCAGUUUUUACUUGUUUAAAUUAAAACAAUAAUUUUCUUUGUAUUUAAUAUUUAUUCUCAUUAAAAAAGUUUGUUAUUUCU